GGAGAUUGCCCGGGUAUAUCUCGCCCCGCCAUGAUUGACAUCAUAUCCGAGACACCUUUUUCUCGCGCUUCACUCUACCAACAUUUAAUUCAAUUGGCAAAAGAACUUUAAGAACCUUGAGCAUUCAAACGUUUCAUUGCCUAGUACUUCCGGACAACAAGAUUAGGAAUCUCAAUCCUGUGGCCUCCGUUUCCAAUCUCAUGUGCAACAAUGGCAUCUCCAACGACAUCAAUCUCAUCCACUCUCAACAAAUCCUACAACAGCCUCAUCUCUCGCAUUAGAUCCCGAGGACGCAAUGCAGAUAUAGCAACGACCUCGACCGCACUAGCUACUCUCGCCCUCACCCUCUCCAUCGCCUGGGUUGUCCGCGACUACCACGACUGGAAAGCAUUCGGCACAGGCGGCACCCCACCCACCUGGGCCGGCUACUGGCGCAUGACCAAGAUCCGAAUCAACCGGGCAAUCCGACGGCUCCAACUUCUCGGAAAAGACGACCUAACUGACGCGUCGACACUGUCCGGGGCCAAAGGUCCACGAUAUCUCGACGCAGACAACAUCCCCGUGCGCAGUGGUGACCGACCAAAACUCGUUUCUCGAACCAUGCCACAGCGUCAAGUCCCCUACGACUCGGACCAGCUCGAACCGGGUGUCGCCGAACGGAUCAGCAAUAUGACGGCCGAUUUCGCCGCAAAGUAUCCGGACAUUCUGGACUUGAAACUUAGCAAGACGGAAGGGUAUAGUGCUAAUGCUAUCUAUGCGAAGGAAGACCUGCCGUCGCUCAAUGAGAAAGCGAGGCGGGAUAAAUUGCUAGAUAGGGAGAUUGCGCAUCAUCAUCCUUCGGAAUUGAGUUUUCAUGCCUGGCUCAGUGAGGCGGAUGCGAAGACAGUGGUGGAGAAGGGUUGGGGCCAGAAGUUUCCUAUGCCUUCGGUCGAUAAGGGCUGGGUUAUGGUGUAUGCCCCGCGCACUAUGGCUGAGGUUGAUGUUGUGGAGAAGAUUGUUAAAGCGGCUAUUGCUUGGGUCGCUGGGGUUGAGGUUUGAUUUCUGUUCUGUUUCUGUCAGGCGCAGGCAGGAGUUGAGGGGGGGGAGUACAUUGGGUGUAAAUGUAGGUAAGCAACAAAUGCAACGGCAGUACGGCUGAAGAGAGAUUGAUGUGCUGAAAAGUUAGUGGUUGCCUACACCCAUUGCAGUGGUAGGCUGAGAUGAACCUGGCGCAGUUUUGAGGCCGCGGAUGAUACCAUGAGAAGUAAUGCGUUGAGAUGAACAGAGCGCACCACGACGAUAAUGAGAGAAUAGACAGGGGGUACCAGGACAUACUUUACGAGAUAAUUAGUUCAUCAUCCGAGAAAAUCGUAUUUCUUGAGGCAUAAUGUCGAUAUUUCAUAGACCCAUUUAUGGAACAUCCC